AUGCUUUUAUCAUGUGGGGAAAAUGGAAAGAGGAUUUGUGUCACUACCGCUUUUGAAAAUUUUGAGCAGAGGAAUCAUUCUUCCACUGAAAUCUUUAUUGAUAAAUUCCUCUUUGAGGUAUUCAAGCGUCUACCCAGUGGCAGUGAGACAAGUGCUUAUGCUUGUGUUUCUAAGCGAUGGCUCACACUUUUAAGCAGUGUUCACAAGGAUGAGAUCACAGAAUCUAAGAGAUAUCUUGCCAGGUCCCUUGUUGGUAGGAAAGUCACAGUUUCCAGACUUGCUGCUAUUGCCAUUAGAACUUCAAAACAUGGAGGUUUAGCAAAGAUAUCUAUUCGGGGAAACAACGUUUGUCGUGGUGUGACUGAUGUUGGUUUCAAGGAUAUUUCUCGAGGUUUCCCUACGCUCAGAGAACUUUCCUUGUGGAAUGUGUCUUCUGUUGGUGAUGAAAGUUUAUCUGAGAUUGUCCAUGGAUGUCAUUUGUUAGAGAAACUUGAUCUUUUCCAAUGCCCAAGAAAUAGAGGUCCGGGUGGUUCUACAUGUCUGGAGCAUAGGAGUCCUAAUGCGGUGAAUGAGAGUCGAAUGAUGAAUUCAUCUAGGACACACACUUGUGAGCCUACUCUUGUUCCUUCCCGGAAGGGAAGUUUUAACAUCUUAGGUGCUUUAAAAUUUGUACCUGGGAUGCUCAAUAGCUGUAUUUGGGCUCAUCCUCCUUCUUAUUUUUUUAGUUUACUUCAAAAUUCUAAGGAGACAUUGAUCUUUUUACACAAGGGGUUGUUCCUCUAG